ACGAAAUUAUCUCUAUCCGCGUCCGCCGCCAACUUACAACAAACUCUCUUUUGCACCACACGUGUUUCUCUAAGAUUUUUCGUUCUGACCUAGCCAACUAUUUCGUUGUCUUUAAACGAUAAAAAAUGGGUUUCGCCAAUGUAUGGUAUUCGCAUCCCAGACGUUAUGGCCAAGGAUCUCGUUAUUGCCGAGCGUGUACAAACAGGCAUGGUCUGAUCCGGAAAUACGGUAUCAAUUUGUGCCGUCAGUGUUUCCGUGAAUACGCCAACGACAUCGGUUUCAAGAAAAUGGACUAAAUAUUGAUUUUCUACGAUCUUGACUGUGACAACUACGAAUACCUACCACCCUGUAUGGUCGCAUUAAUUUUGUCUACUAUUUAAGUGAAUAAAUGAACUUGAUUUGAAAAUACGUA